AUAAAUUCGCUUUGGUUUAAUUUUACGAUCCACACCACUAUUCAUCAGCUGCUUUCUGACUAGUUGAGCCUUGGAAAAAGUCAUCUUUGGGAAUCUAGCAAUUGUUCCUCGCAGUACCUUAGUCAACUGAACGCUGUCGAGAAGAUGAGCGACGAGCCGUGGCCUGAAGAUGCAGUUCUCUACCAGCCAUAUGAAGCCGAACAAAUACUUUUGCCAGAGCAUGCAAGCUGCUUGGCAGUUAAGGCAUAUUUAAAGAUGUGUCAGCUCCCAUUUGAAGUGCGUUCUUGUUCAAAUGCUGAAUAUAUGUCACCAGGUGGACGUAUGACCAAGCUGCCUUUUCUCCGCGCCGGUGCAUUUAUAGUUGCCGAAUUCGAACCGAUUGUUAAUUUUGUAGAGCACAAAGGUUCCUCCAUUGGUCAAUGGCUUGACGAAGACAACAAAUCUGAUAUGCGUACUUAUGUUUCGUUGGCGGAAAACAUUUUCACUAUGGCUGAACUAUACAUAAGCUUUAUGAACAAAACAGUGUAUGAAAAGGUAACAGCGCCACGCAAUGGCUGCGGAUUUCCGUGGCCACUUAACAUGAUACAAAACUGCUCGAAACGACGCAAUGCGCUACGUAUACUGAAAGUGUAUCAGUGGAAUGAUAUGACAAUUGAUGAUGUUAUUGAAAAGGUGGAUAAAUGUUGCGAAACGUUGACACUCAAGCUCGAAGAAUCGCCAGAUACGCCGUUCUUUUAUUCUAAUGAACCUUGUGAAUUGGACGCCAUUGCCUUUGGACAUCUUUUUGCAAUUUUAACAACGGAUUUGCCCAAUAUGGCAUUAGCACAGACUGUGCGAAAAUUCAAAAGUUUGGUAGCAUUUUGCCAAUUUAUAGAUGACAAAUAUUUUAAAAUGAGGUCAAUAUAAUUUAAAUAGUUUUAAUGUUGUCCGUUGUCGUUUGUGUACCUUAUGCAUCUUAGUUUUCCAGAUUUUUUUUUUUCACAAAUAUAUGCGC